GUAACCAGACAACUCCAGCUCAAGUCCAACAGUCAUUCACUCGGGAGGAGCCGCAGUGUCCUACUGACACAGGCUGCUCUAUCUGAAAGCUGGAGGAUCCACGUCGAAACUUUCAGAGAUAUGGAGAGACCAGUGGACAACAUUGAGUACAAUCCAGGCAAAGAAACUAUGUGGUGGGGAACUCUGGGAACAAUGCGUCCGUUUCAGCCUUUUGAUCCAGAUCUGGAUGCUCGUCGGAUUUAUGCUGCACUGGACAACAAAACUGUUGACGUGAGGACCUUAAUAUGGAUCCUAACUAACCGGACCAAUGCCCAGAGACAGAACAUUGCUGUGGCCUACCACAACCUCGCACAGAAGGAUCUGAACGCAGUUCUGAAGAAAGCCCUGUCCGGGGCCGUGCAGGAGCUGCUGCUGGCCUUACUAAUGACCCCAGCUCAGUUCGACUCCCACCGUCUUCGCCAUUCCAUGGAGGGUCUAGGUACUGAUGAGGAAGCUCUCUUGGAGGUGUUGUGCACCAGAUCACCAGAACAGCUCCGAGAUAUCACAAUCGAGUACAAGCAGGCUUACGGACGUUACCUGGAGAAAGACCUGAUCAGUGAGACCAGCAAAGACUUCACCAAGCUGGUGCUGGCCAUACUCAAGAAGGAGGAGUUAAACACAACCGGGGAGAUUGAUUACCAGCUCAUAGCUCAAGAUGUCAAGAGUCUUAAAGAUGCCAUCAUUGCAAAGAAAUCUGACCCCACCCCCUGGAUCCAAGUGCUGACCUCUCGCAAUGCAGACCAUCUCAACAGAGUGUUCUCUAGAUUGGAAGACAUGAAUGGGGAACCGGUUGAUAAAACAGUCCAGAGCAACUUCUCAGGCGACCUGCGACUCGGUCUGCGCAUUUUGGUUCAAACAAUCCAGAAUACACCACUCUAUCUGGCCCAGCGCCUACACACCUCCAUGAAGAAAAACUCUGUUGUUCGAGGCAUCUUGGUGGGCCGGAGUGAGGAGGACCUCCUGUGGGUGAGGGUCCAUUUCCGCAAGCUGGCCAACAGUUCUCUCUACUCAACUAUAGAGAAAGAAUUUAAAGGGGACCUGCAGCUGGCUCUGCUGGGUAUUUGCCGAUCGGAAGACAUAUAGGGGAACUCUUGUAUUUGCUGUGGUUCUGUUUUAGAAAGUUUUCAUUAGUAUACAGUAAAUGCCCUCUUUCUGUAACAAGCUCUGCAAACUAUGUUUAUCUACCACUAGGAGGAGUCAUAGUCUGCCAUAAUAAGUUGAAGAGGCUCAACGAUUGUACUGGAUAUUUAAGCUUCACCUUUUAUUUUGUACAUUUUUAUCUGUGUAAUAAAACGAUGAUAAAUAAAUAAAUUAACAAAGAAUAAAA